UUUCUGUAUUCAUGAUUAUAGGUGCAGGAGCUAUAGCAUCACUGCAUGUGAGUAAAAGACUUCAGCGAAAGUGAAACUUAACAGAUGAACAGGAAGCUUCAUUAAACAACAGCAUUUCAUUUCUCUGACAAUUUGAAAUGAACAACCUGAUCUGAUAUUCACUCUCAGUCAUGGCAUCCUCCAGUGGUCCAGCACUAAAUGAGGAGCUCCAGUGCCCCAUCUGUAUGGAAGAGUUCCCUGAUCCAGUCACCACUCCAUGUGGACACAACUUCUGCAGAACUUGUCUUACAAACACACAGACCUGCUUCUGUCCAUUCUGUAAAGAAAGAUCCAGCAAAAUACUUGAUCUUGAGAGCAACACAGCACAGAGGUUAACAGAGGUUAUGCAAAACUUUAAAGAGAAGCUCGAUCUAGGAGAAUCUAAGGUCUUCUGUGACUUCUGUGAUGAAAGAAAGCAGAAAGCUGUGAAGUCCUGCCUGAUGUGUCAAAGCUCUUACUGUGAUGAUCAUCUGGAGCCUCAUCGCAGAGUCCCACGUCUAAAGAAACACAAACUCAUCAACGCUGUGGAAAAUCUGGAGGAUUAUAUAUGCCAGAAACAUGAGAGACCUCUGGAGAUGUUCUGCAGAGAUGAUCAGACGCGUGUUUGUCUGUUCUGCACUGAAGGAGAUCACAGGACUCACAACACUGUUCCUAUAGAGGAGGAGAGUCAAGAGGAGAAGCUGGUUCAGACAGACAAGCAGCAGAUGAUCCAGGACAAAAUGAAGGAGAAUCAAGAGAGCGAACACUCAGUGGAGCUUAGAAAGGCAUCAUCAUCAGAAGUGGAAUCAGCUGCAAGGGCUCUUAUUGAGGUGUUAGCCAGGGGCCUGGCUGCAUCUUCAUCAGGUGGCACAUCUUCAACAAGAGAAAAUGUGCGAUUGAGCGAGGCAAGUGACAAUACUCCUUUGCCCACUCUGCCGGAACCAGAAAAUAGGGUGAGGCAGGCAUUGAAAAGGCAAUUCUCAAGUAUGUUUAGGACUGAAAGUGACCAGCCUAGGGGCAAAAAACCUUUCUCUUUGGCCAAACCUGUCAAUGUGAAAAAGACAGAUUUUCAAAUAGAUGUUCUCUCCAAACAAACCCUGUUUACUCCAAAAAAAGAUGAAGACCUAGAACUUUUACAUGCUGGGCUUGGGAAAAGGCUGUUAAGUUUUCCAGACAAUUUUAAACACAGUGAGAUUGUCACACUGCUUGAGGAAGAAUUUCCUAAAUUAAAAACUCUUCAGGGGGGCUGGAUGUUUUACAAAUCUACAGGAAAUAGUGGGCGGCGUAAGCUAACUUUAAUUCCCACUGACUCUGAUGGAUACUCAACUCGGCUCCUGAAGUCAGUGUCGAAAAAUGGGAAGAACAUGCUCUUUGCAGUUCCACUACAAGAGCAGCUUUCCAUUGAACCACUUCCCUAUGAUGCUGUGGAGUUUGCAAAGAUGCCACUGUCAAACUGUAUGAAAUGUGGCAAGAAAAUACCACUGCCAUUGUUGCCCUUGCAUAUUGAAGAGUGCAACACAACUGAAACUGAAUCUGUAAAUGAUGUGAUUUUGCAUGAGGAACAUGAUGAUGAAAUUGUUAGUGGAGCCACUGACCAGCCAAGCCCACUUUACAAAGAAUUAGAAGAACCAUCUGAGGAAUCUGUAAAUGAUAUGAUUUUGCAUGAGGAACUUGAUGAUGAAAUUGUUAGUGGAGCCACUGACCAGCCAAGCCCAAUUUACACAGAAUUAGAAGAACCAUCUGAGAUUUGUCCCAUUUGCCAGAUUUCUUUCCCAGCCGAUGUCUUGCCAUAUCAUGCAAGCAUGUGUGGUGAAGGGGAAAGGAGUUUCAGUGACAGUGAUUCUCCAAGCACUUCUACAAGACAUGAACUACCAGGACCCUCAAUGGCACAAUCAUACACAUCACUAUCAGCAGGUUGUGCACCACACUUUCUGCUUGCAUGGAAAUAUGAAACUGACCCUCUGAAAGCAUCUCAAAUGUUCCGUGCGGAAUUGCUUUCCGAAAAUAGAUUCUGUCCAUCUAUGUCACUAAUGAUCAACCAAUUUGAUACUGUGGACGAGCAGGACAGAACACUGAUUUCAUUUUAUAAAAAGAACAGUACUAACUGGUCAGCUCCAUUGAGAUGUAGUUUGAUAGGAGAUGAAGCUGUUGGCACAGGAGUCAACCGUCAUAUCUUUUCAAUGAUUAUGCAAAAACUGAAGACUGGCUUCUCUUUAAAUUUGGGUUCUGCUGCCACAACACUUUUUGAGGGAGAAAAAAACCACCGUGUCCCAUCUGCAUCUGUUGUACUACGUGACAGCAACCUAUUCCAAAUGGCUGGUCGAAUGAUAGGUCAUUCUUUUAUACAUGGAGGUCCUUGUCUUUCUGGACUGAGCUUACCGGUGGUAAUACUUCUAACAGGAGGAAGUGCUGACAGUGCGGCUUCAGCUCUGACACUGCAGGAUUGCCCCGACUUAGACCACCGGGAAACCAUUCGUUUGCUCAAGAAAACAAAACUCACUGAAGAAGAAAGGACUAGAUUGUCUGAACUUUGCCUUUUCUGGGAUCUCCCUGUUCCGUCUUCCACUAAUCGUGACUGGCUGUUUCAACAGCUGUUGUCACAUGCUGUAAUUGGACGUGUUAAAAGCCAGAUUAAGGAUUUGAGAAAAGGUAUCAAAGAAACUGGUAUCUGGCCACUUCUAUCCCAGAGACACGACAUGCAACGCAUAGUUUUCCCAAGGGAUUCAGUUAUGGAACAUUACAUCACAGACAGUCCUUCAAAAAAUUGAAUGGCCAAAGGACAAUGACUCUAUUUCUGUUGAGACAAAGUGCGUCAUCACAAGCUAUAUGCGAAGGUUCAUUGAAGAAGCAUCACCAAACAUGCUGAGUGACCUAAUGAAGUUCUGGGUGGGAUGGGAGGUGCCAGAAGAAGACCUGGUUUUGGAAGUGGUGACUGCCAGAUACCCUGUUGCACACACGUGUUUCAAAAGCUUGAGCCUUCCCUGUCACUAUCAGAGCUAUGCCGCAUUCAAAAUGGAUAUGGUAAUGUGCCUACAAUCUGUAAAUAGUGGAUUUGGUCUCGUUUAACUAGCAAGAGAUAACUGGGGUAGUGUUGUUUGAUGAACUUCUUAUAUGCCUCUUUAAAAUGAUGAUAUAGUAAUGUUCUUCAACUGGAGGAAUUUAGCCAAAUUUAACAAGAGUUAUUAAAAAAAAAAAAAAAAAAAAAAAAGACAAGAUGUGAAAAAUGUGUUUGAC